GCCAAUCCCCUCGUCUUUCUCUCUCCUCCACCUGGACGCCAUUGGACUCCACCACCACCCAAGGGAGGCAGAGCGCGCGCGCGGCGCGACGCGGCGCGGCGCGGCGAGGGCGAGAGCGAGAUCAAGCUAGUUCAGUGGUUCGGCCGACCGAUUCGAUGGGGAGGCGGUCGAGCGCGUCGUCUGCGGCGGCGGGGGAGCCGCUGCUGCCGGCGGCGGCGUCGGCGAAGGGGGGUGGGGGAGGGGGAGGUCGGGCGUCGAUGCUGCAGCGGUGCGUGUCGCGGGCGGACGACGAGCUGCAGUGGUUCCGGUCGUGCCUCCGGUGGGUGUGCAUGGACCACUCGGGCCCCUGGGGCGCCGCGCUGUCGUGGCUGCUCUUCCUCCUCCUCGCCGUCGCCGUCCCCGCCGCGGCGCACUUCCUCCUCGCGUUCCGGGCGUCCCGCAGGCCGUUCUCCGCCGUCGUGCAGGUCUCGCUAUCGGCGGCGUCCGCGGCGGGGUUCCUCUGCCUCUCCUCCUCCUUCCGCCGCAUCGGCCUCCGCCGCCUCCUCUACCUCGACAAGCUCCGCACCAAGAGCGACCGCGUCAGGCUCAACUACACCGCGCGCCUCUCCUUCUCCUUCCGCCUCCUCGCCUCCCUCGUCGCGCCGUGCUUCGCCGCGGAGGCCGCCUACAAGGUGUGGUGGUACGCCACCUCCGGCGACCGCGUCCCCUUCUUCGGCAACGACGUGCUCAGCAACGCGGUCGCCUGCUCCGUCGAGAUGGCGGCGUGGAUGUACCGCAGCGCCAUCUACCUCCUCACCUGCGUCCUCUUCCGCCUCAUCUGCCACCUUCAGGGGCUCCGCCUCGAGGACUUCGCCGGGACGCUGCUCGUCGAGGUGGAGGAAGGGAGGGCCGGCGUCGAGCGCGUGCUCCGGGAGCACCUCGACAUCCGCAAGCAGCUCAAGGUCAUCAGCCACCGCUUCCGCAAGUUCAUCGUCGCCUCCCUCCUCAUCGCCACCGCCAGCCAGUUCGCCUCCCUCCUCCUCACCACCCGCCACGACUCCGUCGACGAUCUCCUCAACACCAGCGAGCUCGCGCUGUGUUCAGUGGUGCUCAUGUCAGGGCUGAUCAUAAUCCUGAGCAGCGCGGCGAAGAUCACGCACCAGGCGCAGGCGCUGACCGGGCAGACGACGAAAUGGCACGCCUGCUGUACCAUCGAGCCGGUGCCGGACGAGGAGGCGGAGCCCGGGUCGAACCACAGCUCGAUGCUCGAGGUGGAGCCCGUCAGCGACAGCGACGGCGAGUCCAGCGAGGAGACCGGCGACGAGGACCUGCUCGAGAACACCAAGAUCAUGCUGCCCCAAGCACACGUCAUCUCCUUCCAGAAAAGACAGGCUCUAGUGACCUAUCUGGAGAACAACAGAGCGGGGAUCACGGUGUUCGGGUUCACGCUGGACAGGUCCUACCUGCACACGAUAUUCAUGCUCGAGUGGACGCUCUUCCUGUGGCUGCUGGGCAAGACGAUCGGUUUCUCGUGAAAGCGAGGUAAAAAAAAAAGUUUUCCUGCAUACAACAAGUUCAGGUUGUUCUGGAACACAUGUAUGUUUGGUUGGUUGGUGGGUUGCAAUUUUGCGGAUGCGUGGCUGUGCAGUUGGAUCCUCGUGAGUGGAGUCAUUUUUGGGUGCUCACGAUAGUAGCGUGCGCAUGUAUGUGUAUACGCAUGUAUGUGUAUACGUACGUAUGUAUUGAUGUUUGUAUAAAAACUGGUGUUAGCGGUGUACAGAUUUUGAGUCCAUUGCUUCGUUCGCGCUAACACCACCUUAGUAAAUGAGCGAUAUAUGUAGAGCGUUAGGACUUGUAUGUACUUUUGCUGCUUUAGUUUGCGGUUGUGCACGCGUGCGGCUUCCUGUUGCUAACGUGCAGGCUUUAUCAUCCGGUUUUGUAAUUUGUAUAGCCGAUGAAAGUUGCAGAGCAAAUUUUAUUUACAGUUCAGUUUCAAAUUUCCCAUGUUUUGGAGAAGAAUUUAUCGUUCUGUAUUUCUUUUUCUUUUUGUUGAAUUGAGAUGCGUCAUACAUGAAUGUAGCAGAUUUUUUUUUUAUGAAAGGAAAUGUACCUUUUUAUUUUAUUGUGAUGUGAGUGAACUCAGAUUAAACC